GGGCCCUCCCACUGACCCUUGCCUGCACCAGGAGAGAAGACUGAGGGGCUGAUGGGCGUGUCCGAGCUGAUCGUGUCUACCGCCGUGCUCGGCGUCCUCUUCUCCCUGCUGGGGGCCCAGCCGCUGCUUGUGGUUGGCUUCUCAGGGCCAUUGCUGGUCUUCGAAGAAGCCUUCUUCAAGUUCUGCCGAGCCCAGGACCUGGAGUACCUCACCGGCCGGGUGUGGGUUGGCCUCUGGCUGGUGGUCUUUGUCCUUGCCCUGGUGGCCGCUGAAGGCAGCUUCCUGGUCCGCUAUAUCUCACCUUUCACCCAGGAGAUCUUCGCUUUCCUCAUCUCGCUUAUUUUCAUCUACGAGACCUUCCACAAGCUCUACAAGGUGUUCACGGAGCACCCAUUGCUGCCAUUCUACCCCCCCGAGGGGGCACUGGAGGCUGGGCUGGAGCUGAACGGGAGUGCUGUGCCCCCCACCGAGGGGCUGCCUGGCCCGAGGAACCAGCCCAACACGGCUCUGCUGUCCCUCAUCCUCAUGCUUGGGACCUUUCUCAUUGCCUUCUUCCUGCGAAAGUUCAGGAACAGCCGCUUCCUGGGAGGCAAGGCUCGCCGCAUCAUUGGGGAUUUUGGCAUCCCCAUUUCCAUUCUGGUGAUGGUCCUAGUGGAUUACUCGAUUACAGACACCUACACACAGAAGCUGACGGUGCCCACAGGGCUCUCAGUGACGUCCCCCCAUAAGCGCACGUGGUUCAUCCCGCCCCUGGGCAGUGCCCGUCCUUUCCCGCCCUGGAUGAUGGUAGCAGCUGCUGUCCCCGCCUUGCUGGUCCUCAUCCUGAUCUUCAUGGAGACACAAAUCACUGCGCUCAUCGUCAGCCAGAAGGCCCGGAGGCUGCUCAAGGGCUCCGGCUUCCACCUGGACCUGCUGCUGAUUGGCUCCCUGGGUGGGCUCUGCGGGCUGUUUGGGUUGCCCUGGCUCACAGCCGCCACUGUCCGCUCGGUCACUCACGUGAACGCCCUGACGGUUAUGCGCACUGCCAUCGCACCCGGCGACAAGCCCCAGAUCCAGGAGGUGCGGGAGCAGCGGGUCACUGGAGUGCUCAUCGCCAGCCUCGUGGGCCUGUCCAUCGUCAUGGGGGCGGUGCUGCGCCGGAUCCCGUUGGCCGUGCUCUUUGGGAUUUUCCUGUACAUGGGGGUCACGUCACUGUCGGGUAUCCAGCUGUCCCAGCGUCUGUUGCUUAUCCUCAUGCCGGCAAAACACCAUCCCGAGCAGCCCUAUGUGACCAAGGUGAAGACGUGGCGGAUGCACCUGUUCACCUGCAUCCAGCUGAGCUGCAUCGCCCUGCUCUGGGUGGUCAAGUCCACAGCGGCCUCACUCGCGUUUCCCUUCCUGUUGCUGCUCACGGUGCCUCUGAGGCGCUGCCUUCUGCCUCGGCUCUUCCAGGACAGGGAGCUGCAGGCGCUGGACUCGGAAGAUGCUGAGCCUAACUUUGACGAGGACGGCCAGGAUGAGUACAACGAGCUGCACAUGCCUGUGUGACCCUCUACCGUGGUGCCCCUCAGAGACCCUGACACCUUAGUGAUCCACACCUGGGCCCCAGGCAGAGCCCAGCCCCGGGGCCAGUGGGCGCCUCCCAACCCAGAGACGUGCCUGGAGCCACUCACGCCACGGCCAGAGUGGCCCGCUGACUCUGCCCUGGGCACUGACCUGGGCUCACCCAGGCCCUUUCACAGACCAGACCGGCACAGGCUUUGAGCUCAUUAUAACCACACUCCUUGUCUUGUGUCUGCCUCA